CGCAUGCGUAUGACACGUGGAAUAACAACUUCCGAUGUACACAUGUCGGCUGCUUCAGAUGUGAUGUUCCUAGCGUAACAACUAUUUUCUACAUUGUGUAUGUCCUUCCGGAGUAGUCGUUAAGGUGACAAGACCCUGAAGCAAGACCCCGUUCACCUGUGCCUUGACAAGAACCAAUGGAUGUGUCUGCGCUGUGUGCGUGGUUACAAGUGUGGCUUGUAGCUAGUCUUGUUUGUGUGAACCUAGUGAUAGCGGAGGACUUCUAUGACCUGUUGGGAGUUGGCAGAAGUGCCAAUACUAAGGAGAUCAGGAAGGCAUUCAAGAAAAUUGCAGUUAAAGCACAUCCAGACAAAAAUGUCGAUGAUCCAAAGGCCCAUGAAAAGUUUCUGCGGAUCAACCGAGCAUACGAGGUUUUAAAGGACGAUGAUCUACGGAAGAAGUACGACCUGCAUGGAGAGGAAGGUUUGGAGGACAAGCAGCAAGGCCGUCACUAUGAGAGCUGGCAGUGGUACCAGGAUAACUUCGGUAUCUAUGAUGAGGAUCCGGAAAUAAUUACUCUCAGCCGUACUGACUUUGAGCAGUCUGUGGAGGGCACGGACGACAUCUGGUUCAUCAACUACUAUUCCACACACUGCUCCCACUGUCACGACCUGGCACCCACUUGGCGAGAGGUGGCUAGGCAGCUGGAGGGCGUGAUCCGCAUCGGGGCUGUCAACUGUGAAGACGACUGGCAACUCUGCCGCAUGCAGGGCGUCAGGAGCUAUCCAUCACUCAUCAUGUACCCACAGCGUGAGAAUUAUCACGGUGACCGCAGCACCAAGGUCCUGGUGAAGUAUGCGAUGCAGCAGCUCAGGGUGAGGGUGGUCGAGCUCUGGGAUGGAAAUUACAGGACAGAGGUGGACGAAGAUGAGAGUGGUCUCCCCUGGGUCAUUACCUUCUGUGGAGAUGGAGGAGAUUGCUUGGAAGAAAAAAACAGUUUGAAAUUGGCUGCCAUGCUGGAGGAGUUAGUGAGGGUGGGCAGCAUCAACUGCCACACCAGCGCCGACCUGUGCGGGAUGCUGGACCAUGAGUAUGGCACCUACUUCUACGGGGCAAACAAUGUUGACAUUGGUCAGGGGCUGGAACUGACCAGCCUGGUGGCGCAGGAACUGGCCCGGGACAUCCUGUCUCAACUCCCCGAUGUCACGCCUCUCGAUGAAAAGACCUUCAAGGAAAUCCGAGGGAAGCUAGAGACGGGGCAGGACAAGGCGUGGCUGAUCCACUUUGUGGACGGAGAGGGACACCAGGACCUGGAGCUGAGGAAGCUGCCGGCCAUGUUGGCGGACUUCCAUAUAGGACGAGUGAACUGUGAGGUGAUGAGGGAUGCCUGCAGCAACCUGCACAUCGUCAAGAGGCCCACCUUCAUGGUAUUCAAGGAGAGCGGGGGAUCAGAGAUGUAUUACGGUCGCCUGACAGCCCAUGACCUGGCUGCGUUUGCCCGAGACAGUGCUGACACCAAGCUGGAAGCACUGAGCCCCCGAGACUUCCCCCAGAGGGUUGUGCUCAGCCAGGAUCCUUGGUUUGUCGACUUCUUUGCCCCUUGGUGCCCACCCUGCAUGAAGCUGCUGCCAGAGUUCAGGAAAGCAGCCAAGUCAUUCAGUGAGACGGUCAACUUCGGCACUGUGGACUGCACUGUACACUCCCAACUCUGCAACAAUUACAAUAUCAGGUCGUACCCGACCACCAUCUUGUACAACCAGAGCAUGCCCCACCAGUACCACGGCCACCACAGCGCAGACUCCAUUGUCGAGUUCCUUCAGGACACACUGAACCCUCCGGUGAUGAGGCUGAACCAGGAGCAGUUCAGGGAACAUGUGGCCCAGAAGAAGGUGGAGGAGGUGGUGCUGGUGGACUUCUUCGCCCCCUGGUGCGGCCCUUGCCAGCAGCUUGCCCCGGAGUGGAGGAGACUCGCCAAGAUGGUGAAGAAUGUGAAUAACAUCAAGGUGGCCCAGGUGGACUGUGUGGAACACCAGGGCCUCUGUCAGCAGGAGAGUAUCACCUCCUACCCCACCGUGAGGCUGUACCCAUCAGGGGCCUCUGGGUCAGGCAGCUUCCACAUGUACAAUGGGUUUCAUCGAGACGCCAACUCCCUGCGAGCCUGGGCCUACGAGUUCCUCCCAAGCAAGGUGUCAGUGCUCCGCCAGUACAACUUCAGGCAGGUGGUCCUGGAGAGCAGUGAUUCUUGGAUUGUGGACUUCUACACUCCCUGGUGUGGACAUUGCCAGGUGUUCAAACCAGAGUUCGAGAAGGUUGCGGAGCAACUUGAAGGUGUAGCACAUGCAGGAAAAGUUGACUGUGACUCUGAGCCUUGGAUCUGCCAGGAAGUUGGUGUUCAAGCUUACCCGACAGUCAGGUUCUUUCAAGGGACUGACAGCUCACGUAACGCUCAGCAUGCUUAUGGUUGGGACAUUCAGAGUCAGAAUGCAGAUGAAAUAAUAACUUUUGUGAAACAGAAUGCUAGGAAAAUGGGCCAUGAUGAGUUAUGAUGUCUGAGGACCGUAGACAACAAUCGAAAUGAGUGAACAUCUCCGAGGAAUAAUCUCAAAGCAAAUUCUAAACAGUCAAUCUGAUCCUGCUACACCUCAAGCCUUACAAGUCAUACACAGAGUGGACUGUACGCUGAAACCCUGUGAAUCUGACUUCCCGUCUAGGAUUCUUGGAAACCAUGUGUGUACAGUGUUAUACAAUGUUAUACAGUGUCAUACAGUGUCAUACAGUGUCAUAAAGAGCCAUACAGUGCUAUACAGUGUAUAUUGUGUGAUAAAGUGUUGUACAGUAAAGUCUUGUUAGUUUGGCCACCAUUAAACUGGAAACCCAUCCUUCUGGAGGAUCGGUUUAAGAAGAGAAUAUGGAAUUAAAGGGACAUUACCGUAAAACAUUAUUUUAUAAUUCAUCAUUUGAUUAUCCAGACCAGUUCACUGGAAACAGUACCGUCUGGAUUAAUUGGGUUACACUGUAUUACGCUUAACCAUGGAUCGCUGAUCUGGAUCAUUUCAGUUUGAACGCUAGUGUCACGACUAAUAGGUUACACUAUAUAACACUUGACCAUGGAUCAUUAUUCCAGGUGAUAUCAGAGGCAACACAAGCGUCAUGAUUUACUGGGUGUCACUGUAUCUUGUUUGCUGAACGGAUUUUGUAAUGAUACAUUUUGUAAUGAUUUGUAUCUCAGUGGGGAUUCUGGGUAAGAAUAUAGGUCCCCAGCUACAGCUGGACUAUUGCCGAGGGCGGCGUUAAAAAACAAACAUAACAGAAGGUAGUGAUGUUGCAAUACAAAACCAAUUACAGAUUAACUAUGGUAACAUUAAGGAAUCAGGUGUUCUUUAUGACCCUUUUUCGCGUAGUUUAUAUAAGAGUAUCAUCAAUUUACGUACAUGCAUUUGUUAGUUGAUACAUGACUUUAUGAUCUGAAACAAAUGUUGCAAUGAUACUUAUACUUGGGUAAAUUGUUACAUCUCUUUUUGUUGGAAUAGUUCAAUGCUUACAUAUAUGUUAUUCCUGAGGGACUGUCGGGGUAGCCUAGUGGAUAAAGCGUUCGCUCGUCACGCCGAAAACCUGGGUUCAAUUCCCUGAUACGGGUACAAUGUGUGAAGCCCAUUUCUGGUGUCCCCCGCUGUGAUCUUGCUGAAAUAUUGCUAAAAGCGGCGUAAAACCAUACUCACUCACUCACUGAUUUCUGAAUUGUUGGGUGUUUCUAUUUGUGGUUACCUGUAUAUCAGGAUCCUUCAGAAUCUAAAGUAUUUGGUUAGAGGAAUCUCCUGUUUUACAUGUUGAUUGCAUCAGUUGGUAGACAGAAUAAGUUAAUCAGGAAAUCAUAAACAAAUGAUACUUAACAUGAUGUGUAUAAUUGCUGAACAUGUGAAGCUAGUUUGUUAAAACUUGAGACACAUUUAAAAUGAUUUGAAGUGAUAGCUAAAUUUGGAUGUUAGAUGUAUCAUGUAAAUAUUGUGUAUUUCAUAUUUAUUGUGAAAGGAAACUCACUCCAUAAAGGAAAAAAAGGGUACUUUUUCAUGAAAUAGUAGUCAAUUCAAUUCAAUAGUUUAUUGUAUAAAAGGCCAUUGAAAUACAUGUAGAUCUCAUGGUUUAAGAACACAAAAUAUCCUUCACUAUGUCUUCAUUUCUAUUUCUUAAUUUUCACCUGGCUGUUGCCAGUGUACAUGUCCAUUCAUCAAAUAUAGUAACUUUGUUUAAAUGAAGAAAUGAAAAUAGUUUUUAUCUGCUGUUCUGUGCAAGACAUGGGUGACAGCCCUUUUUAUAUCCAUUUUCCAGGUGUGGUUUUAACUCUUCAAUGUGUACAUAGUUUGGUGCUGUAUUAUGUACAACUUGUUCUUGAUAUUCAGUUACCAUUCAGUGCAUACAACGACUGGAGAAUAAUAGUUUCUCUGUAAAUCUUUUUCUUGGCAGUAUGUCAGGUGUCUGGACCUGGUGCAAUAGUCGUGAUAUAAUAUGGGGAAUACGUUUAUUGUCCCAGUAUUUCUGUCAACAAAUCGGAAAGCAAGAGACACAAUACCAGCUGUUGAUGACAGAUUUGAUGAUAUCUAACAUACCAUUUGAACCUUUACCCUGUUUUUUUUUGUAUUCAAACUUUUUAGUCUUUGAUUGGCAUCUAGAAGUUGGAAGAACGACUUCCUUAUUCCUUGUGACCUUUUACACUUCGUUACAGACAAUAAGGAAGUUGUCCUUGAAAAAAUACAUCAAACCUUUCCGAUGUUAAAAUUAAAAUUGUGAUUUACCAAAUGCAAAUAACUAAUAUUCCUACAGCUUUAAGAUGCAGUGACUAUGUCUGUAUGUCACUCUGCUUGAGACUGAUCCCUUCCUUUGUAAUGCAGGAACUUAAUGGGUCCCUUGACUGCACUUUGAGAAUGAGUAAGUGACUUGAAUUCAACUCAAUUCUCAAUUUUUAGGGUCCAUGCUUCCUCGUUGCAAGCUCCUAUAUAUAGCCCUAUGUACAGUUUUUCAAUAGGAACAUUACAAAAACAUGGUUUUCAUUUCAUAACAGGCAAUAUUACAUCAAGUAUUUGAAAGGCAUUUAGAAGUGAUACACAUAAGGAAGAGAAUUUCUGGAUGUCAACUUUUUUAUUAUGAGGAACACAACGUACAUACUUCACCUGAAGAAGGAGUAAGUAUAUGCUCCGAAGUGUUGUGUUCCUCAUGAUAAAGAAGUUGACAUCCAUACAUUCUCUUCCUAAUAUGAGGUCAGUCAAUUAUUAAGCUCUGAUACGACAUCAAAUCAAUAAGAACUGCUACUGAUCCAUCAUGGGAUAAGAAGCUAUCAGCAUUAUGUAUAUGUAUUUGUUUUGUAUUUCUGUGAUAUUCUCAGCAGUCUGGACCCAUACACAAGGAGACAUUCCUGUGAGACAGGUGCCUGUGGUGAUACCAGCUAUUGUGUUGUGUGUGUGUGUGUUGAGCUAGUCAGGUACUGCUUACUUUAUUCAGGUACUCAUUUCUUUAGUCUGGUAUUGCUUACAUCAGAUGUGUACUGCUUACAUUAGUCCAUUACUGCUUACAUCACAUGUGUACUGCUUACAUCAGUUGUAUACUGCUUACAUCAGAUGUGUACUGCUUACAUCACAUGUGUACUGCUUACAUCACAUGUGUACUGCUUACAUCAGUUGUAUGCUGCUUACAUCACAUGUGUACUGCUUAAAUCAGUUGCAUGCUGCUUACAUCACAUGUGUACUGCUUACAUCAGUUGUAUACUGCUUACAUCAGAUGUGUACUGCUUACAUCACAUGUGUACUGCUUACAUCAGAUGUGUACUGCUUACAUCAGUUGCAUGCUGCUUACAUCACAUGUGUACUGCUUACAUCAGUUGUAUGCUGCUUACAUCACAUGUGUACUGCUUACAUCAGUUGUAUGCUGCUUACAUCACAUGUGUACUGCUUAAAUCAGUUGCAUGCUGCUUACAUCACAUGUGUACUGCUUUCAUCACAUGUGUACUACUUACAUCAGAUGUGUACUGCUUACAUCAGAUGUGUACUGCUUACAUCAGUUGUAUACUGUUUACAUCAGAUGUGUACUGCUUACAUCAGUUGUAUACUGCUUACUUCAUUCCGGUACUGUUUUAGUUGGGUACUGCUUGCUUCAGAAGGGUAUUGCUUACUUCAUUAAGGUACUGCUUGUUCAGUUGGGUACUGCUUGCUUCAGAAGGGUAUUGCUUACUUCAUUAAGGUACUGCUUGUUCAGUUGGGUACUGCUUGCUUCAGAAGGGUAUUGCUUACUUCAUUAAGGUACUGCUUGUUCAGUUGGGUACUGCUUGCUUCAGAAAGGUAUUGCUUACUUCAUUGAGGUACUUCUUGUUCAGUUGGGAACUGCUUGCUUCAGAAGGGUAUUGCUUAUUUCAUUUAGGUACUGCUUGUUUCAGUCAGGUAGCCCUUUCAUUAGGCAGUUUAAUAUUUUUCAUUGUAUUGUCUGUAACAGAAAAUAACAAACGUAAAUAAUAUCAGUGAAACAAUUUAAUACUGCUUGGUAAUAGGUCAGUGUCAUACAUUCAUAGAACAACUACUCGUUCUCCAGACCUGUAAUAAGGUCUAGAGGUGUGUUUCCCUUCUGUCAAUGACCUUGCUUAUUUCCCUUAAAACCUGUUUAUAAGCCUGGCAUCAGUACAGAUUAAACAUCCCCCUGUCAGGGUUAGAAAUUGGCACUAUAGUCCUACAGUCCUUGCCACACUGGCCAACAGUUAAGGAAUUAUAAGGGCUAGGAGAAAUUUGCCACAUUUAAGGGUUUUGCGAUAUGUUAUGUUUCAUUAUGAGGACUAGUGGACGACAAUGUUAAGUUUCUGCCUGUGACUGGACAUCAUCAGUGGUCCUGAGGCACGUUAAGUGUCUGUGUAGAUGACGUGAUGGCCAUAUCCUUGUGACAGACUGACAAUAUUGCAGUCUGGGCUAAGUGUUUGUUCUGAAUGGUCUCAGGUUACUCUCUAAAAUAAACCUGAGGCCAACUUGGGAAUUAAUAGAUUAUAGUUAUAUAUAGUUGGGUAUUUCUUAAUAUUCAUGUGCUUGGGUAUCCCUUGGUCAGUGGGUAUGACUUCCUGAAGAAGGCACAGGUCUGCAGCCCAAUAUCGCCUACACUGUGUUGUUCAUCUGGCUGUGACUUUGUAACAUACUGCUUUGGUCACUGACCUUUGUGAUUUUAUGUAUUAUUUCUGUUUAUUUGGUAAUAUUAAGAUGUUGCUUUACGGGAGAGAUGGACCAUGGAGGCCGAUGCUGUCUCUGUGCAGGCUUUGUACUUAAAGUAUGGAACACUUCAUGUCUCGCUAUAUCAUCUUUAUACAUGUCAUUUUGUCACUUUGCUUACUUUGUACUACUUAUGAAUAGCCAAGCCAGUUUAGUAUGUGUCAGUGUGUGAUAGAGCCUUGGGUUCAGCACACCUUGAGCCAGUUCAGCUUGGGUGGAAACUUUUAUGGUCAGUUAGCUUGCCUUGGGAAGAUGCUCAUAGUGUGACAGAGCCUUGGGUUCUGCACACCUUGAGCUGCUGAAGUUGAUCCCAAUGGUCAACUCGGUGUGUGUGACGUAGCUGCCAGUGCUGUCCCUUGUGGAGCUGCUGAAGGAGAUGCCCAUUGCCCACGUAUAGAGGCCUCCACAUCUGUUAUAAGAUACCAGAUCCACACAUGGAGAACAUCAAACAGGGAUUUUUUUAUCCAGUCACCUUUUGGAUCUCUUCUUCAAGACUCCUAAAGGAAUCCCAAAAGAUUGUUUGGAUUGGGCAGAUUUGAGACAGGUGAAUGUCUUAUCCCAAGGUGUAACAACUGUUUUAACUUCAACCAUUACAACCAUUACACCAACAUUUAAGGUAUUUUUUAUUUAGGAAAGUCCAACUCGAACAUAUCAAGACAGACAAGUCAUGAGUUUCAUCAAGUCUUUGAAAGGCAUUUAGAAGUGAUACACAUAAGGAAGAGAAUUUCAGGAUGCCAACUUCUUUAUUAUGAGGAACAUAACAUUUUUGAGUAUAUGCCUCACCUGAUGAAGGAGUAAGCAUAUACUCCGAAACAUUGUGCUCAUCAUAAUAAAAGAUGUUGACAUCCAGAAAUUCUCUUCCUUAGGAUUUUCUUGCCUUGGUUAACAACUGUAUUUGCUGGUAAGAAAGCACAGUCCCUGGUGGUAUGUUUUGAGAAACUGGACUCUUGGGAUUCAGUUGGGAUAAAACACCUGUAUGAUUGUAAGUACAGCAUUUAUUACAUCAAAGGGAAUAUGUUUCUUGUAUGUUUAAGAAUCAUACGUGUUACCAUGCAGUCUCUUUAUUGAAUGUUUCAUAUUUCAUUGAACUCUAUCUGUUAUCAUAGUUCAAGUGGUAUUUGUAUUUUACUAAAUAUUGAAAGAAACAUUUGAUUUCUGGUCAUCAUUUUUCUGAUAUAUAUAUUUUUGUUUAUAUUGUGGGUGGAAGAUUCAUCCGUGCACCAGUACAUUGUGAGUUUUCAUGGAAUGAUACAUUACAUGAUAUGUUUUUUCUGUAUCGAUACAAGAUGAUACACUUGUUAAAUGAAUUACUUACUACUCGUUUAAUGACCUUCGCAUUUUCGUCAGUCAGUUGUCUCAAAAUGUGUUGUAAUUAGCGUUUCAAGUUCACUACUAACAAUAGCUGCUACGAACAUGUGGCUACAGCUAACUUCUCCUUUUGAACCUGCUCUGAAAUAUAUAUAGUUUUAAGUUUCCACACGAUUUGAUGUAAAUAUGUGUAUCACGAUGCAUAUCGUAUCAUGAUCUAUGUAUCAUGAUAUGUAUCAUAUCAUGACCUUGCUGUAUCAUUGUAACAUUGCAGUAACAUACCUGCACUGUUAAGCCAGCUCCAGUAACUGUAGAAUGUGCCACCAGAUAAUGUGCUGAGUUUGAAUCCCAGAUUUACCCUGAUUGUGAUCUAGAUCUGUCAGCACCAUUCCCAUCGUCCUGUUGAACCAGCGGUGUAAAUAUGUAUGACCAGUGCCAAUUUGGGCUUCUUCCUACCUUCACUUGACUUUCCGUCAUAUGACGUGCAUGUCACUCACUCACGACUACAAUCUGCAGAAAUGCUGACCAUUGCGAUACUUGGCAUAAUAUUUACGAUUUUGAACCUAAAAUAAUGCUGUUAUAAACACUUGUCUUCCUUUCAAUAAGUUUUUCACAAAUUAUUUACAUCCAUAAACUUUCACAGAAAGCAAAUUUUUAAUGCAUCAGUAACAUGAAGUAAUUUUAUCGAACAAUCUUUGUGGGUGCAGACAGGAAACUUAUUUCAUGCAUGAAAGACAGUUAUUUAGAGUCGCAUGAGGAAUUUUACACAUGUGUUGAGCUUUGACCACAUGUUUGACUUCUGUCUAAGCCUAACGAAACUGGCGAAGCGAAGACCGACAUCAUGGUACUGUUAACAUUUUCACUUGAAAUUAUGCUUUAGUUUCUUCACACAACUUCAAUUAGGGUUGGCAUCUCUGCAGUCUGUUGAGGUCAAUUUCAUGUACUUAAUUUGAUUUUCAGGGAUUUAUUCUCGUUUUACACAACACAAAUGCUGUAUAUUCCGCGCAGCAGUCAGGAUCCAGUGCCCACAUAACCACUGUGUGUCCCUUUAGUUUUACUGACAGUCAAAAUACAAGGAAUAAUUGCAAGCAUUUAUCCUGCACAUAUACUUUUGUCAUUUGAUGCUGGUAUGAAAAUGGUUUGUUAGUGAUGAAAUGCCUAUAGCAAGUAUAUCAUAGCAUGAUGUUUUAUUUUGAUUUUACUUUAGAUUUUUGCUGCACCUUAUAAUAUCAAAAUAUAUAUGCUGACCAUAUGCCAGUAAUGUGCAUUCUGGAUGUGUAGAUGUGUGUGUGUGCAACUUAUACACUAAGUUACUUAACCCUUACAUUUGCCUUGUCACAAGUAGCCUGUCACAACUUGCCAUACAGAGUUGCAUCCCUUUGCUGCCAGGUUAUGUGUGCAAAUUCAAAAUUUGGCCUCGAUAAAGUCUGUCAGGCCAAUACCCAUUCAAUGCUGGUCGUAAGAGGUCACUUUGUGGAUUGGGUGGUCAGACUUGGUGACUUGGUUGUAUCGGUUAUUGUCAGAAGUGACAGGAGACUCUAAUUUUGGCAGAGAUUUCUUAUGACUAUGGAAAGGGUUUUGUUGCUUUAUUUAUUUGAUGACGUGUCAUACACCAAUGGUGUGGAUCGUUGCAUAAAAUCACUGGUUUCCCUGGCCCAGACUCGAUUAGUUUCAGGCCACCAUCAUGUAGCUGCAAUAUUGCUGAGUUGGUUUUAAACAACAAACAUGCAUAAGAAAGCAUUCUGUCUUGCGAUCACCACUGUUGUAUGUGAUAUUUAUGACAUCAAGUGAAAAAUAAUUAUUUUUUAUAGUCAUCACGUGUAUUGUAAAUAUAUUCACCGAAUAAAACCACAUGCUGUAUUGUGUUAUGUGGCACCAUUAUCAUGGCCUGUGCAUAGCAGUGGAGGUGUUGCAAUAAAUCCGUAUCUACUUUC